AUGGAAAAUCUUUUUUUUGGUCUAGAUUUGUCAACACAACAGUUAAAGCUAACUGUAGUCGACGAAAAUUCCAAAGUGAUUUUGGAGGAAUCAGUGAAUUUCGACAAAGAGUUACCUGAAUAUGGAACAAAAAAUGGAGUUAUUGCAAACGGAAAUAUUAUUACAUCACCAACAUUAAUGUGGGUCGCAGCAGUUGAUCGCCUUUUCACAAAACUUCAAUCUGUUGGGUUUCCUUUUCGAUACGUUAAGGCUGUUUCAGGUGCUGGGCAGCAACAUGGUAGCGUUUAUUGGCGAAAUAAUGCAGCGAACAUACUCGCAAAUUUAGAUCCAAGUCAAUCGCUCGUCACCCAAUUGAGUAACUGUUUCUCGAUUCUGGAUUCACCAACAUGGCAGGAUUCAAGCACUACUCAAGAAUGUCGUCAAUUGGAGUCGAUUGUAAGCGGCCCUGAAAUGCUAGCUAAACUUACGGGCUCGAAAGCCUAUGAAAGGUUUACCGGGAAUCAAAUCGCAAAGAUAUAUCGGCACAAUCGACAAGCAUAUGAUGAGACAGAAAGAAUUUCGUUAGUCAGUUCAUUUCUAGCAACCCUUUUUUUAGGAAAAUACGCGCAAAUUGAUGUUUCUGAUGGUUCAGGAAUGAAUCUUUUAAAUAUCUAUACGAAAGAGUGGGAUAAUCGGUUGUUGGAAGCAUGUGGUGGUUCGGAAUUACGGCAAAAACUUGGCGAGCCUGAGAAGGAUGGUUUCAAGAUAAUUGGUAAAAUCUCAGAGUAUUUUAUAAAGAGAUAUGGAUUUGAUUGCGAAUGUAUGAUCUUGCCAUUUAUGGGAGAUAAUCCGUCAAGUCUCCUUUCUUUAAGACUUGAAUCGGGCGACAUAGUUAUAUCACUUGGGACUUCCGAUACCGUGUUACUCCUGACAAAUCAAGCAGAUCCUAACACAGAAUCUCAUACUCUUUGUCAUCCAAUUGACCCAAACACUUACAUUUCAAUGCUCUGCUAUAAAAAUGGAAGUCUUACCCGAGAAUAUAUUCGCGACGUAUAUGCGAAUAAAUCAUGGAAUAAAUUCAAUGAAAUACUACUUUCGUAUCCACAUCCGCAUGAAAAUAAAAUCGGAUUCUAUUUCCGCAUCCAGGAAAUUACACCAUUCGCUCAUGGAAUUCAUCGGUUUGUUAACCAAGAACUGGUAGAAGAAUUUGAUGAUCCAAAAUAUAAUGCGCGUGCAAUUUUAGAGAGCCAAUUUAUGUCGAUGCGAAUUCGGACAGAAAAAUUGAUGUCGGAUAAAGAGUGGAAGAGAAUUAUCGCCAUUGGCGGAGCAAGUGAGAAUACGGAAAUUUUAAAAGUGUUAACAGAUGUGUUUGGAGUUGAUGUGUGGCGAUAUUCUGGUAAGAAUUCAGCAGGAUACGGUGCUGCUUUGAAAGCUCUAAUGACCACAUUUAGGAAUGCCAAUAGUUCUAGUUCGAUGUCGGAUCUUUUUAUGAUUGCUGAUCCAAGCUCGGAAAAUACUUUGAUCUAUGAGAGGAUGUUAAAUAUCUAUCAGCAGCUUGAAUUGAGGGUCUUGAAUCAUAAUCAAAUUUGA